GACAGUGACUUACCUCAUUCCCUGUUCACAUCUGAAACCCCUUCACAUGCGCGUGCACGCACACAACAUCUCAGCUUCACAAUGCCGGCUGAUCACAGUGGAACAUGGGAGAUGGUCAGCAAUGACAAUUUUGAUGAUGUCAUGAAGGCUAUGGAUAUCGACUUCGCCACUCGUAAGAUAGCGGUGUAUCUCAAACAGACUAAGGUCAUUGUUCAAAACGGUGACAGAUUUGAGACCAAAACGCUCAGCACUUUUAGAAAUUAUGAGGUCAACUUCACCAUUGGGGAGGAGUUUGAGGAGCACACAAAAGGUCUGGACAACAGGGUUGUUAAGACCCUGGUGACAUGGGAUGGUGAUAAAAUGGUGUGUGUGCAGAAGGGGGAAAAACAGAACCGCGGCUGGAAUCAAUGGAUUGAAGGAGACCAGCUUCACCUGGAGAUCUUCUGUGAGGACAAAGUCUGCCAUCAAGUUUUCAAGAAGAAAAACUAAUGCUCUUGAAGUAUUUCACUCCCGUGUCUGGUGUUGUGCUGUAUAUAUUUAUUAAAGCAAUUUUAAUAAACAGCUAGAACCGAACAAAUCCAUUUGAUGUUGUGCACCAAAUAUUGAAAAACAAGAAUUGUGCUGUGAUGCUGAUAAAACAGCUUAAUGUGAAGCAAUGGCUAUAGCUUACACGAACAAGCACUGCCGCACUAAACUACAUGAGUGGCGUUAAGCCCUGAACUGUCCCUAUGCUGUCAAAGACAUAAGGGGCAUAGUGGACACACUGGGAUUUUACACAAACAUUUUGCAAAUAUAGACGGUUUCAGCGGAAACAACAUAAACAAACGUUAUGUGGCCCAAAAUUAACUUCCGGUAGACCUCCGCAAAGAAUCAAUAACUGUUGAGUAGUUUUCAUUUGAUUUAAUGCAAUUAAUAAUUAAUAGACUAUCAUUAUGAAUAUGAAUUAAAUAUUAAAUAAAUUGUUUUAUUAUAUCCGAACACAGACCAGAAGUUAACUUCGAUGAAACCGUUUAUAAAUAAAAUGUCAAUGUACAUGAUUUGAAAAGAAUAGGCACUAAGAAUUUGAAAGAAGAGCGUAAGAAGAGUGUAAAAGCAUAAUAAUAAUUUUAAUGUGAAAUGUAUAAACUACUUGGUAGAUUAGCUUGUUACAUAUUUCAAUAAAAUAUUUUCAAAUAAUUGACUCUUGUAGGCCUAUGCCAUUAUAUCCUUCAUAACUAAUUUGAUUACCAAUGCAUAAACAUGUUUAAAGAAAAUGUUUUAACGCUUUUUUGAUUUAUUUUAUGUACAAAAGUUCAGUUUGAGAAUA